CAUUGAAUAAAAUAGUGAUUUGUUUGCGGCGUUUUUGUGCAAGCUGAGAAAAGAAAUAAAUGGGCGUGUAGAAAAGAAACUUCUAAUUUCUAUAUUAUUCUAAAAUGGAAACGAGCACCGAACAAAUCCCCGCGACCACGGAAACUGCUUCUAAUAAUGAACAGGAGCACCAUGAAGAGGGCAUGGAAGAAACUGAAGAUUACAGUUUCGAUGGUGAAGAUUAUAGGCAUUUCGUACCACGGGGUCGAGGUGGCUUUAGAGGUGGGUUUGAUUUUCCCAUGAGAGGUGGACCUCCAAGAUUUAGAGGAAGAGGAUUUGGACCUAGAGGACCAAUGUUUCGGGGAGCAAAUAACGGAUUUCCAUUUGAGGGACCUCCUAGGCCAAAUUGUCCACCGGGUCCAGCAGGGCCACGUUUCCGAGGACCUCCACCAUUCGAUCCUAGUUGGGGACCUAUGGGGCCACCAAAUCUGAUGGGACCGCCAAACCUUAUGGGACCUCCAGGAAUGCCACCACCACACAUGAUGAAUGGCCCAAUUGGGACAGGUCCGGGACCAUACGGACCACCUCCUGGAAUGGGACCACCAAAUAUGAAUAACAUUCCAGGUCAGCAGCAGCCCCCACAACAAGCACAACAGCAAGCAAACAUUCCAGGCUUAGAUCUCAAUGGAGAGGUAUGGGUAGAAACAAAAACACCAGAUGGCAAAUCGUAUUAUUAUAACAUUCGUACCAGAGAAACUACAUGGACAAAACCAGAAGGACCAAAUGUUAAGGUCAUGGUUCAAGACCAGCUAGAACAAUUGGUACAUGGAGCAUCUAAACAAACAGCUCCAUCUGGGACUCCUACUUCCACAAAUACAACACCCAAUCAAAUUAAUGAAAAUAGAGUAUCUCAAAGUAGUGAACAAUCUUCAACAAAUAAUGCAGAUGCUAUUAAUCAACUUAGUACUGCUCCUCCUGGCACAGGUCCACCCCCCACACUUGGUGAAGCACCAGAUAUGAACACACAACCAACUGACACAACACAAGCAAAUGGUACAGCACCUACUACUGUAACUAAUACCCCAUCUAUGAAUACUCCAGCAGUAAAUACAAACAUGAUGCAACCUCCACCUAAUAUGAUACCUAUGCAGCAUAGAAUGCCCAAUCAGUUUGGUGGUCCAAUUGCAACACAAUUUGGAGCAGCACCUUUUGGUAUGCCACCACCAGGGUUCCAACCUUUUGGAGGCUAUGGUCCCCCACAAGCAAAUUGGGGUAUGCCACAAAUGCCACAUGGAGUAAUGACACCACAAGCUCCAGCAGAAGAUCCUGCAAUAUUAGCUCAACUAGAUCAAGAUCUUGUAGCAUCUGCUAUGGUAUGGACAGAGCAUCGUGCUCCAGAUGGAAGAUUAUAUUAUUAUAAUAGCAAAGCAGGAGAAUCUGUUUGGGAAAAACCACAAGCUUUGAAGGAUCUGGAAAAUGCAAAAUUAGCGUUACGGCAAAAAGCAGAAGAAGCAGCUGCCAAUACAACAAAUCCUGCAGUGACUAGUUCCACCGUUACUAACAAUAACGUAGCCGCUGAACCCACAAAACAAGAAAAACCUCAAGAGAGCAAUCAUGAAACCAAAGAUAGUGUAAAAGAAACAGAUACUAAUAAACCGAAAAAAGAGGAAGCAUUACCUAAAGAGGCUGCCAAACCUCAAGAUAAGUCUAGACCAAUCUCUAGUACACCAGUACCUGGAACUCCUUGGUGCGUUGUCUGGACGGGUGAUGGACGCGUAUUUUUUUAUAAUCCCUCAUCGCGUAUUUCUGUCUGGGAAAGACCAGAUGAUCUCAUUGGUCGUCAAGAUGUCGAUAAAAUGGUGUCUACUCCACCAGAUGCGGUAGUAACUACUAAAACGACGCGUCAGUCGGAUACAAGCGAAAGCAGUGAUGAUGAUCAGCCAACACCAGCAAAAAAAAUGAAGCAAGAAGAUACAAAAACUCCAGCACCAAAAGAAGAGGAGGAGAAGGAAAACAAAAAGACUAUUGACAUCGGGAAGGAGGCUGCAAUAGAGGCCGAAGUACGAGCUGCUAGAGAAAGAGCAAUUGUUCCUUUGGAAACAAGAAUUAAAUCAUUUAGGGAUAUGCUUGCAGAAAAAGAUGUGUCCGCGUUUAGUACUUGGGAAAAGGAACUCCAUAAAAUUGUGUUCGACCCUCGCUACUUACUUUUAACAUCAAAGGAGAGAAAACAAGUUUUCGAAAAGUACGUAAAGGAGAGAGCAGAAGAAGAAAGGCGAGAAAAGAGGAACAAAAUGAAGGAACGGAAAGAGCAAUUCCAAAAACUGUUAGAAGAAGCUGGUCUUCAUGGAAAAUCUUCAUUUAGUGAUUUCGCUCAAAAACAUGGGCGUGAUGAACGGUUUAAGAAUGUAGAAAAGAUGCGUGAACGGGAGAGCCUAUUCAACGAAUAUCUGCUGGAAGUGCGAAAGAAGGAAAAAGAGGAAAAAACUGCAAAACGAGAACAGGUGAAAAAGGAAUUCAUAGCGAUGCUACGUGAGCACAAAGACAUCGACAGGCAUUCGCAUUGGAGCGAUUGUAAGAAAAAAUUGGAAUCAGAUUGGAGGUACAGAGUCGUAGAGUCAGCAAGCACGAGGGAAGAUUGGUUUAGGGAUUACAUUCGUAUGCUAAAGGAGGAGAGGAAAAAGGAAAAAGAAAAAGACAAAGACCAUCGACACAGAGAUAAAGAUCAUCACAAAUCGGAGAAGAAAGAUAGGGACCGAAAGGAUGUUGAUAAGUACAAGGAAAAGUCUUCAAAGGAUCGAGUUGACAAGGACAGUUCAAAGGACAAGAAACGUAGAAGCGAGGCACCUACAGAGGAAAAUGGCAAGGAAAAAAAGGAAACAGUGGCAGAAAAAGAAAGCGGUGAAAUCGAGGAUAAUGAUGAAAAACCAUCAAAGAAGGAAAAUGAUAAGGAGAACGCAGAGGACCAAUCUGAUUCAGAAGAAGAUAGAGAGAAACAAAAGCGAGAACGCGAAAGAAGAGCGGAAGCGAGUCUUCGUGAAAGGGAAAGAUAAGUUCAGAGAACUCUGGCUACACAUCUUCGCGAUAGGGAUAAGGAAAGGCAGCAUCAUCGUCAUACAGAAGCAGUACAACAUUUCAGUGCUCUUCUUGCAGAUUUAGUGAGAAAUGGUGAUUUAGCAUGGCGAGAAGCGAAAAGGCAAUUGAGGAAAGAUCAUAGAUGGGAAUUGGCGGAAAGUUUAGACCGUGAGGAAAAAGAAAGAUUAUUCAAUGAACAUAUAGAACAACUCAGUCGUAAAAAGCGUGAUAAAUUCCGAGAACUUCUCGAUGAAGUAGGAGCUUCUACUGAACUUACAGCAUCGUGGAGAGAUAUAAAAAAAUUAUUAAAAGACGAUCCUAGGUAUCUUAAAUUUUCAUCCAGUGAUCGGAAAUGUGAGAAAGAAUUUAAGGAAUAUAUUAAAGAUAAACUUGUUGCGGCCAAAGCCGAUUUUAGAGAACUUCUACAAGAAACAAAACUUAUUACUGAUAAAACAUAUAAAAAAGUACAAGAAAAUAGUGCACAUUUAGCAGAAAUUGAAGAAAUUUUAAGGAAGGAUCGGAGAUUUCUUGUAUUAGAAGCAGCUGCUGCUGAACGAACGCGGUUAUUAAUGGGAUAUUUAGAAGAAUUGGCACGACGGGGUCCACCUCCACCACCUACUGCCUCAGAACCGUCAAGAAGACCAACCACAAAUUAACGAGGCCCACAUCGAAGCAUGGUAUAUAUAUGGUGUCCAAAUAACAAAUCAGUGAUUGAAUUUAUAGCUGUAGUUGAAUUGAAGUACUUUACACACGAGAUGAUUAUCGCCUGUAAUUAUAGGAUUCAAUAAAACUAACGCCAAUUCCACACAGCUAAAAAUGUGUGUCAUACUGUAAAGAUGCCAUAGUGUUUGUUACAUAAGCACCCCAUUAUGAAUAUUUUGUAUGAAAAUUACAUGAGAAUUACAACAACGAGUGCUUGUUGCACUCUCGACUAGUUUAAAAGCAUGUGCAGUGAAUUUCUAUAAAC